CGUCGCGAGUACGCCUUGUAAUGCGCCGCGCGCUUUGACGCGACAUGGCCUCGUCUACGAACGGCAAUAUUGUCAUCGAGUGGUUGCGAUCGCUCCACCUGGGCCAAUACGCGGAGAGUUUCAUUGAUAACGGUUAUGAUGACUUAGAAAUAUGUAAACAGGUCGGGGAACCCGAUCUAGACGCGAUCGGAGUUCUCAACCCGGCACAUCGUCAAAGAUUGUUGCACUCUGUAAGAACUUUAAGAGAAGAAGGUGCAGCGGCUGUGUACUUUACCCUUGAGGAGGCCGCUGCUGCUCGAGACUGCAGAUGUGAAGAAGAAGUCCGCAAAGAACAAGCGGUGGCAGCCGUUGAACCGGCUAAAUAUGCCGACGAGUAUGAAGAGGGUAAAGCCGAGUUAGUGAAAAUUCCACGUAUCCAGUUGAAGAGGCUUCUUCGUGAGCGUCUAGCUCAAGAUGGGAUUCGCUUGAGCCUGCAGCCGUACUCCACAACGGACGGUGACCGAGGAUAUCUAGAAGGCCUUGCAUCCCGGUACGCUGACCUCUUCUCAACCCACUACGGCGACGUUCUCGACCACCUUGAGGAAUUAAGGAGGCACGAAUGGGAAGAGAUGUCACCGAGGAUGCGAGUUAUCGGCGGGCCUGGCACCCCCCAAACCCCGCCCUCGGCCAGUCCGGGUUCAUUGGCCCUUAACAACCUGACCACAUCACAUUCGCAACCGAUCUACGUUCCUGGAAAGUACUCUUCUUUUCAGCCUUCAAGCUGCUUGACGGACAAGGAAGAGGAUGAGAUCUAUGGUUUCGGUUAUGGCGUAUUUGGGAAGCAGAUGUUGCAGCGGCAACAGCAGCAAAAGCAAUUGCUUCUUGCUCAGCCAACGCAACCUUUGAUGCACAACCAGCAACACAACUAUCAAAGCUGCCUGAGUCCUCGCUCAGCGUACUUUUAUGAAUUCCCUCCCAGCGACAACUGCCUCGGUACAGCUAAGAAAAAGGUGACCACAUUUUCAAGACUGCUACGCGGAUUAAAAUCCCAUAGGAAAGAAAAACACGGUUCCUGCUCUCCAAAACACACGCACAGCCCACGGCAAACGUUGCCGCCACAACGGGUGGAUACACCGGACAGCGUGCUACAAAGUGGCUUAGGCCUCGGUCCAGGUCCUGACACAGCUCUUAGGUCCAUGGUUGACCCUAGAGACUAUGAUCGGCUACGCUUCUUUCAAAUGACAGCCGCCCAACCAAACACCUUUGAAGAAACUAUACAUAGGUUAAAAGUUCAAGAGGCGAUGAAGAAAAAGGACAAAUUGGCGAGAGAACAAGAAGAGAUCCUACGGGACAUCAGACACGGUCUCAUCAAUAUGGGGCGGGACGGGGUUCGGGGUCCGUUUGGAGACGACACUUAUAUGUACGAUGAUGAAGCGCGAGGGUUGUCUGGACGAGGCCACUGGUAUGAUGAGCCACCCUAUGAAAGUGAUCCAGAGGACUUUCUCAUGGGUGGAGGCGCACCAGCCGCUACGUUUCAAAACGGCCGAGUUUGUUUUACGCUUAAUCUCCGAAACGAGCCGAGAGGUGAAGGCGUGAUAUCAUUGAGAAGUGCUGGCGAUAUAAGCUUAGCGAGGGCUCCGCGGAGAGGAUUAAUAAUCCCACAGAGCGGCCCCUACCCAACAACUGUGAUACCGUUGCGAACUGCGAGAGAUAGGGAAAGCGGGGAUUACGCCGCGUCUGACAUACAAUCUAUAGGAUCGCGACUAUCCGGCAUAUCGUUGGAAUCAACUCGUUCCGAGCGGGAUUCGAGACGAGGUUACAGGCAAAUGUCAGGCUAUCGAAUAGGAAUAGAUCCGUUAUCGCCGGCUUCAUCGGAUUACGAAGAUCAAGAGAGCGAGACUGAUUCGCAGCAUAUAGCGACAGUGCAUAAGUCAGCGGAUGAUUUGGAAGGUGUUUCGAAUUUAGUGGGAAAAGUUCGUGGUCUUAGGCAAGAUGUACAAAGAAAAAUAUCGAGAUUACGACAAGAAAGAGGCCCUGAAUGUUCCGAAAGGCGAACAAGUGGGGACCAGGCGUUUCCAUGUUCUAAUAGUUCUUUUGAAAGUCUUCCCAGUGGAUCAGGCAGUAGCACGCAGGCAUUGGUUCGAGCCGGUAGUAAUCAUUCAUCUCUCUCGGCAGAAGAAAACAUAGAAUUAAGUCCGGCCGGGCGGAGUCUUCUUGUGCCACAGAUGCUGUGCCGUGCCCGUGCUCUGGUUGAUUACAUACCCAAUAUAUAUGAAAAAGAUGCUUUGAGAUACAAGAAAGGAGACAUCAUCGAAGUGAUAAACAUGAAUGCGUCAGGAAUAUGGCGUGGAGUGCUUAACAACAAAGUUGGUAACUUCAAGUUUGCCAACGUUGAGGUUUUGUCAGAAAGGGAUGCUUCCAGAUCAAGAACUCUGAAAUGGUGCAAGAGCAGGGAAAGACUAUGGGAGACACGUCCUCGAACGGUAGAAGAAUUAUUGAGAAGGAUAGAUUUGCCAGAAUAUGCCAUAGCAUUUGCAAGAAACGGAUAUGAGGAUAUUGAGCUGUUUAAAGAAAUUGAGCCUUCGGAUUUAGAUUACUUGGGGAUUAUGACUCCGGACCAUCGGACGCGUAUCCUCGCUGCUGUACAACUGCUACACCAGCUUGAAUGUGGCGAAGGUGAGGUUGAGGGAGACGGUGGUGGUUCUAGUUCUGAAGGCGGUGACUCACCUUUCGGAAGGAGGCAAUUCCCGCGUGACUCUGGAUGCUACGAAGCAGGAGUUGGCGUCGGUGGCGUGCGCGUUCGCACCUCACCACUGGUGCACAGAACUGACGAACCCUCACAUCGGCCUCCAGAACCGGCUCCUCAAGCAAAGCGCUCUAUUCGCCGACGCCAACCCGAUGACGCCGAAUGCGACAGAAUUGAAAGAUAUCCGGGUACAAUUGGAGAAAAGAUCGUCAUUCGUGGCGGAGGCCUGCCGGGCGGAGCGAGAGACGACACUUGUGAAUCCGAUCAUAAGUUGAAUGUUGUUAAAUUUGUCGCCGGCGCAGAGACCUGUGUGUCUGAGAAGAGUAGUGAUUCUGGCGUGAGUAGUUCGUCGCUGAGUUCUGCGCAUCCGCACCGUCCCUGAGCGCGGGCCGGCGCGACCGCGCUGUCAUAGGCCACAACGCGGGCGCCGCCCCUUCAACGAACUGAUCCCCAAACUGAAGCAAUUAAAAUUGAAGUUCUUCAAUCGUAACUCAAACUUCUCUACUAGAAAAAUAUUUAACAAGUUCUGUGUGAACCGCUACAAACAGAUCUAACUUUGAUAUGGACGCUCAAAUCUGCCAUUUUAUUUAGAUUUAUUUCAAUUUUAUAACUUUUUCUAUGAUAUACAGUGAAUGUUUUAAUAGAUAAUCGCAUUUAUAGAUUAGUGAUAAGACUGAUAUCACCUGUUUUGAAUUUUUUUUUAUUAUUUACUAAUUUACGUCAAUUAUGUUAACUUGCCGUAAUUUUAUUCUUAACUGUGAACAACAUGCAUUUUAGGUAUAAUAUUCUUACAUAUUAAUUGGUUUAUGCAAGCAAAGGCCUAAAUGAUUGCUUAUUGUGAAAUGGAGAAUAAUUGCGUAUAGCUACUACCAAAGACGUAGCAAUGAAUGGUUUCUGUCAAGAACUAGAACGUGGAAGUAUCGAUAUUUCUGAUUCGUUUGACAUAUUGUAUUUUUGAGUAGAAGCUUUCUGAAACCAUGUACGAUGCAUAGGUUUGAGAACUGUUUCUUACUUCGUUGAAAUAUGUCGAACAAUCUGCGAUUGCUGAGUUGGUCUUAGCUAUUUUGGUUGGCAUUGUUUUGGAAAUUUUGUUGUUCGCAAAGAACAACAAUUUAUUUCCACUAGUGUACGGAAAAUUUGGAAAGUAAUUUGAUUGCUUCGUCUAUGGAUGGCAAUAAGUCUUCGUUAUAUCCGUGCGUUAUGAGCGCAUCUUAAAUAGCAAUAAUUGUAUAUAAUUAAUAGAUAGGUUAAUUAUUAUAUGUUGAAACAUUUAUAAUUUUUUAAAAGAGCUUUAUGCGGUUUGCCGCAUGUAUAUAGGUGGAUAGUGUAGAUGGGGUGUGAAAUUGAAAAUUUCGCCCAAAACUUUGCCGGUUUUUGUCAUUUCCCUUUAGACAAUCGUUGUGAUUCUAGUUAAAUUCCGAUAUAUUAGUAUAGAGAAUACCUCCACUUAUGAACUUAAUAGAGAAUUACUGCCGUUUUUUGACAAAAUAAUUUAAUAUACAGUCAGAACAAUUCCGUAAAAUGCUAACAGUUUUUCUUUACAUUAAGACGGCCGUACUCCGAGUCUUUCAUUGAAUUAUCUUUAAUUAUAGAUUUUGUUUAAAAAUUACGCAGUGACUUAGAGAGGCACUAAAUACGUAUUAGGGCAAAUAAAUCUAAAUGGCCCUAGUAACCGAGAACGCUUAAUAAACGACUCUGAAUACGGUUGUUAAUCAGCUGGUUUGUAUGACAGUUUCUAAGCCAAGCUUUAAACAUUCAAUUUCAGUGUUCAAUAAAAUUAACUCCUAUUCGUAAUAUUUCUUUUUCGUACACGAACUAGUCUGAAUAAAAUGUAAAUAGAUAGAUGUUUGUUACCUGUAUAUUGUAGAUAGAAUAUGUUUUCUUUGACACUUAUUGUAUAUUAAAUCUUUAUUAAAAUUAAUUUUAAUCACGUAUUUAUAUUUUACUCUGUUCAAUAUAAGAUUGUGAUUUAAUUUUCGAUUUGUUUUCAUUUAAGCAAUAUUUCGCAGUACCGUACUUUUGUAGCAAUAUUUAUAUUUUUUUAAACGAACAUUAUGUAAGUUUUCAAUUCUACAAAAAAGGAUUCUAAAUAAAUACAUCCAAAUUA